CGCGUCUAAAGCUGGGCCGGUCGGCGCUGGUGGGAGGAGGCUGGGCGUUCUGGCCUCCCUUUGCGCUGCCUGGGAAGGCCGGGUCGGCGGGUCCGCCGCGCCUUUUUCCAGCGCUCCUGUCGUGGAGCCUCGUUCCGCGCCCAGACAUGGUGGGCGGGCGCCGCGGCACGCUGCUCGCGGCGCUCCUGGCCGCCUGGGUCGCGGCGGCGGCGGCGGCAGAGGCAGAGGCCGGCUCGGAGCAGGCCGCGGUACCGGAGGAACGGAGCCUGGUACGGCCCAUGACCGCCUCCAACUGGACGCUGGUGUUGGAGGGCGAGUGGAUGCUGAAAUUUUAUGCCCCUUGGUGUCCAUCCUGUCAGCAGACUGAUUCAGAAUGGGAGACGUUUGCAAAGAAUGGUGAAAUACUUCAGAUCAGUGUGGGGAAAGUAGAUGUCAUUCAAGAACCAGGUUUGAGUGGCCGCUUCUUUGUUACCACCCUCCCAGCAUUUUUUCAUGCAAAGGAUGGGAUAUUCCGCCGUUACCGUGGCCCAGGAAUCUAUGAAGACCUGCAGAACUAUAUCUUGGAAAAGAAGUGGCAAUCAGUUGAGCCUCUGACUGGCUGGAAAUCUCCGGCUUCUCUAACGAUGUCUGGAAUGGCUGGUCUUUUUAGCAUCUCCGGCAAGAUAUGGCAUCUCCACAACUAUUUCACGGUGACCCUUGGAGUUCCUGCUUGGUGUUCUUAUGUCUUUUUCAUCAUAGCCACCUUGAUUUUUGGCCUUUUCAUGGGUCUGGUCUUGGUGGUAAUAUCAGAAUGUUUCUCUAUGCCACUUCCAAGGCAUUUAUCUGAACGUUCUGAGCAGAGUCUCCGGUCAGAAGAGGCCCACACGGCUGAGCAGUUACAGGAUGUAGAGGAGGAAAAGGAUGAUUCAAAUGAAGAAGAAAACAAAGACAGCCUUGUAGAUGACGAAGAAGAGAAGGAAGACCUCGGUGAUGAGGACGAAGCAGAGGAGGACGAGGAGGACAGCGCGGUCACCGGCAGGGACGAGGAGAGGAGUGAUGCCCUGGACCAGAGGCCCCCAGGGGAGGCCCCGGAGGACGAGGCACCUGGUGGUGAGACUGGAGACAACACCCCCGAGCAGCCCAGUCUGGCUGGUGCAGAGGUGGCGGCGGAAGACACGCUGAGGCAGCGCAAGAGUCAGCAUCCCGACAAGGGAGACAAGGGAGACGAGGGGCCAUCGGCCUGAUGACAGUGUUUCCCAGAGCACAGAACACAGGAGUGCCAGCUUCGCUCUGCUCUGCAGUUCAAACCAAAUCCUUACUUUUCCCUGAAUGCUCAAGCCUCUCCUUAAAAAACCAUCUCUAGUUGCAUAGUCUCAUGGCGUUAAGCUUCAUGUGUGUUAAGGAGACUCUUCCAGGCUUGACAAUCAGGAUACAGAAAAGCAAACAUAGUGUUAGGGUCGUUUGAGACCUGGGAUGGGCACAGGUUCAUUGACUUGGGGCUAUGGGGCUUUGACCAGAGGAAGCAAUCCCCUGUUCAUGGACAGCAGACAUGGCUGCAGGCCCCUACAAUGAAAGCAGGGGAAACUGAGCAUCCUGUGUGGAGCCGCGGUCUUGCUUUCUUUUCGUGUACUGAGCAUUUAUGUUUGUCAAACUCUAAGAACAUCAGGCCCCAUAGUACAGGGGCACUUUUAGAGCUAAAAAUUGAGAGGGCCUUGGAUAUUAUUGUAGAAAAGACCCUGGACGUCUUCAACUCUCUAAAUCUCCCUGGUUAUGUUUUAGUUUAACAUUUCCAACUUUCCCACCAUGGGCCUGUGGCCUCCCCACACUCUUCACAACACUUCCUUAGUGAGAGGACUCGGCCAGCAGUCAGCCUGACACCAGCUGCCUUUAUUCUGACUUAAGGGUUUAGAUAAUCAGGAAGCAUAGCCCAUGAAGUCAUGACUGCCAAGUGUCUCAAAUGAAAUGUUGUAACCAUUGGAGAUUCAAAAGGAAGUAGAGGUUUUAGAGGAGAGAUUUUUGUUGUUGUUGUUGUUGUUGUUAGCCAAAAUGUAGUCAUUUUUUUUCCCCAAAAAGUUCCUUUAACAGUAUUCUUUUUGAAGCCAAAAGUCUCCUAAGUCUUGCCAGUACAAAGUAGUCUUAUGAAGAAAAUUUGAAUGCUGUGUUGUUUCCAUCUCAAGAGGUCCCCUGGUUCUUGAACUACUUUAAUAAUAACUGAAAAACUGUUUCUGGUUUUCCUUCAGUGAUGUGCCUUUGGUGAAAGAAUUAAUGAAAGUGUAUAUCUGGAAAUGAAAGAUUUGGUUUCGUUUCCUUCUUCCUUAAUCUUGGAAGAAUUUUAUCCCUGUAAAUCUCUCAAUACUCAAUCUGCUAAAAGUACCCAGGGGACCCAAUGUCUUUAAAAAAAAAUCCAUCUGUCUACCUGAUUUGUGUCUUAGAAUAAAUUCAUAAAAUUAGAUUCCAAGCUUAUGAAAGAUGUCUAAAGUUGAUCCUACAUCCCUUGGGUCCAGACAGAAUAGCAAGUAGUACAGGUUUAUGAAAUUCAAAAAGCUUCUGUCAUCUUUAAAAAGAAAUACGCAGUAGACUCCUAUCUGGAUGUUUAGAUAACCCUUACCUUGUAUUAACUUGAACAUGGGCUCACUGGAGGAGGGGAGAUUCUGAAACUCUACCCUGGUGUGGCUGGAGGAGCCUGUUGCAAGCCUCACACAAAGGGAGUUUUUAUUCUGACAGAACCCGCUUUUUAGAGUUGGUUAUUUUUCAUCUUUCCAACUCAGUUACUUGACAGUCUCAGCCCCUGGUACAGUGAAGCUCAUUAGGAGCUGCCAAUGGUUUUUCUCCUCAGACAGCAGCAACCUCAAGUUUGAGACCAUCACAGAACUGACAGACUGUGAAAACCUUGACUUUUGCUCAUUUCUUGUCCCUCCUACCAUCUGGGUCUCUUACACAGCCUCACCCAAAGCACCAUGGUUCUGUGUGAGGCAGCCCUGUCUCCCUGUGCCAGAAAGCCUUUCUGGAGCAGAGCUGAGCUGGGCCUGUCCUUCUGUCACUUGGAUUUCUCUUCUAGUCAGCUGAAACAAAGUUUUCCAAGAUCAUUAAGGUCAAGUUCAGGUGUAUGGAGUAAGAAAGUUUUCAUAGUUUGGCUUUUCUGUAUAAUACCUCCCCCAACCCCCAUAUUGAAAUAAUUCUUUUUUUUUUUUUUUAAAGUGGAGUAUUUGACUAAAGGGGAAGGAAUGAAGAAAUGAAAUUAGUUUGGCUUUUUAUAAAUGUAGGGCCAAUUUCAAAUUGGACUCCAAAUAGUAUCUAAUUAUAUAAUGAGAAAAAUGUAUUUUCUUUCUCAGCAAUACUUUUAAAAAAAUUGGGGGAAGAGGAGAAAACAGUUUGGAGAAGCGGAUCCAUUAAAAGUUGAAGUAUCUGGCUAUGGGGACUGUUUUUCCUGUGUGUGUGUGUUUAAAUAUUCUGGCAAAAGAUGUAUGCAUCUAAUUUAAUUUCUUUCCACUUGGAGCCUUUAGGUUUAUUUUCAGUACUUACUGAAUAUAAAACUAAAGGAAAAAAGUCAACCCCAAAUAAUUUAAAAUUAGAUUAACAUUUCAAUAGGAUUUGACAGAUUUUUCCUGUAGAUAAUAUAUUUAAUCCAGAAGUCAAGUGCACGGAAACAUGAUUUCGAUUCAAAACAUUAAAAAAAAAAUCGUGCUUCCCUGUGUCACAAUGUCAGUUAUUUAAUUAUAGAAUAGUAUUAUACAUAUAUCAAAAUUAUGUAAAUUAAAUAAAACUAGAUUUUGGAACGGGUGCAGUGCUUUAUGUGUGAGUAGUCGGAACUAAGUGCCUGUUCAUUGAUUGGAGGGAAAGUUCAAAACUUCUAGCUACAUUUUCCUUACUUUCUUUUAUUAUUCAUCUCUUGCCAAACCACCUCAACUUGCUUAAAAUCACAUGUUGAAGCAAAUAUAGACAGUCUCACUUCUUUCUUUCCCUUGGAAGUUAAGCAUAAAUGGGACCAGAGGCCCAAUUUACUCAGUUCCCUGGGCCUUGCACCAUAUGGGCAUGCUCCCACAGCCCCAUCUCAAGCACAUGGUCCCUGGGAGUCAUAGGCCUCUCUAACUACAGAACGCAACCCAAAUUACUAUUGUUUGACAAAAAGUAAAUGAGCUUUGGCCAAGCUGACUUCCACAGUGGUGGAGAAAGCCAAAGUUUGACUCUCUUAUGGCCAGAAUCCUUGUUGAUAGCUAUGGUGUUGGUCCAUGAUUUGCAGUUUUUUCUAUACCCCUGUUCCAAAAUCUAGUUUUAUUUAAUUUAUCUAAUUUUGAUACAUAUAAAAUUCUAUAAUUAAAUAACUGACAUUGUAACAGGGAAGCAUGAUUUUUGGAUGAUAAAAAUAUCUUUUACGGCAAGUACUGAACAUGUGACUUUAUUACUAAGUCCUUUAAGAGUGGAGCCUGAUUUAUAGAAAGGAAAAUAUCAAACAGUCCAAAAAAAGUAGAAAUGACAGGAUGUAAUUGAGAUUUUAGUAUAAAACCUUAAAGUGGUAUGAAGUGAGAGAAAGAUGGGAGAGAUUGGUUCUUUUUCUAAAGUGUAUCAGUCGUUUCUUUAUUCUUUCAUCUCUGUGUUUUUUAAUGUGUUUUUUUCCGCCAGUAUUAUAGCUGUGUGGUUGACCCAUCCUUUCAAAUAUAACAUUUUGGAAAGUAUUCAUGUAAAACUUUUGUGCCAAUAGAAACAUUCCUUCUUGUUUAGUAUGUGUUUACCUCAGUCAUAUGUUUUGAUCCCUUUUGGAAGAUCAUAGCUUGUCUUGGAAACCAAACAUGGAUGAGGCAACUUUUUGAGCAUCUUUCCUGAAUCAUGAGGUUUGAAAGGCCUUUGAUAGUUUUCAGACUAGGAUAUGCUGCCCUUCAGAUGGCUGAUUCUCAGUGAAGUUUUGUGUAAACCGUGACACUGUAUGUAUGUGACUCAUACAACUUUAACAUAUUUCUAAUAUUUGUUACCAAACAGCUUCUUUGUGCAAAUGCAGUUUUUAUACUAAGAAUACUGUUUAUUUGUAUUGCAAUACAUUAUAAACUUAUUAUUUAUAUUA